AUGGCUAGGCAAAUAUUGGCGUAUUCCGGACAUGUCAAAAUGGGAUUUAUGUGCCAUAGCGGCGGCUGCGGAUGCUGUGGAUGUGGAUGUGGAUGCUGUGGAUGCUGCGGAUGUGGUGGAGGCCGAAAGAGAAGAUCCCUUCAGAAUCUCAGAAUUGCUCUUGCCAACAAACUUGAAGGAAUCGCCAAGAUUGUCCGCGGAACUGAGUCCGAUGUUGCGAUUGCUUCACAAAAUGAUGACACCAAUCAAAAUGGAGUUCAAGUCAAAAAACUCAUUAAUUAA